AUGUACUACACGAAUUGGACACUGGAUGCCAAAGAAAAGACUGUGGCUCUGCAGGAGCGGACGGAUGUGACACACCACGUGGAAGGAGGUAUGGGCAAUAUCAUUCGUCGUAUUAUUGAUGACGAGGGGCAAAGUGUGACUGCUGCUUCGGAGCUCGAGAAGGUCGUUCCUCGGUUCUUCAAAGCACGUGGAGAGCCGGCACAGCCAACGACAGCUUGGGCUUUGGUCAUGCGUGGAAGGCAAAAACGGAACAAAGACAUCAAAACGAAGCGGAUCCUCGGCAAGAACAUCCUCAAAUCGGAAAAAGGAAAGAACAUGCAUGAAGCGUUGUGGGAUCGUCUAUGGCAAAGUAACCCACCUCAGUGGAGCACAUAUGUGUCGACAGCAAUUGCAGAGGGAGCCAGCUUGCAUCGAGUUCUCAGUGGAGGAGGCGGCUGGGGAAAAAAGGCAGGUUUAUUGUCGCUUGAUCCAGUGCCUGUGAGCGAAGAAGUACCCAUUCGCAUGGAAGAUGCAACUAGCGGAUUUGAGGGUCCGGGCGAUUUCUCCACAGCCCUGACGCCAGUGGUGCGCGACGGUGACGCUAUACAAUUCUUCAUCGCGCCUGCUCCGGCAAGUGAAGUGGACGGAGACAAAGCCUUGGAAAACCUGAAGUCACUACCAAAGCAGAGAGCUCCAGGCUGGGAGCUUGGUGUAAUCCCUAGCACGGUCGACUCUUUUCCAGGCGGUUCAUGGCAGCACGUUGGAGCUGAUUCCGAAUACAUUGCUGUGUUCAGAAACAGCUUCGGUGCUCUAUCCGAAGGUGGCCUGACACUCACUCGGCGCCGUGGUCAGAACCGAAGAGAUCCGUUGUAUCCUUUUGGAACAACUACAAUCGAUGCACCAUAUUCGCGUUUGUGGAGUGUCGAGCUGGCAGAUAAGGAGAUCUCGAACAAUGAUUUCAUCGUUAUCCUGUCAUGCCCGGAGAGGUGCGGAUUCACCUGGUUCCUUAGCAAAUCUGGUGAUGGAAACGGCCCCGAGAUGGAAACUUCAAUUGCGGAGAAGCCUGUCGCAAACUUGCAGCAAGAGCAAACAGCCAGAGAAAAGCACCGACCUGGUGUACUCAGGCAACGGCAACGUGUGGUUACUUUCUCCGAGUUCCUGCACAGGACAUCGAGUACCAUGGAUGAAAACAAGCACUUGGCUGAUGGAAGCCUUCUAGAUGGAUCUGGAGUCGUUUUAAGUCUUGAGAGGCAAGUAAACGAUUUGGAUGCUAGCACAUCUGCUCUCCGAAACGAUCUGCGGACAGCGCUGGCUGCACUGGACCAGCUCGAAUGGAUCAUACGCGCUGCGAACAAAAAUGCAUUCCAAAUAUACAGCAUUCAUCUUACUCUGCGCCUACGCCUUCUUACGAUGGUAAGAUCCCGACAGCGAAGAGCAGACAGGCCGGGCAGAGCCCCCUUCUAUAUGCACAUUCCGCUUCUGGAAGCGCACAUUGCGCAACUACAAGCCUUUGACGAAGUGCUCUUCGCCCCCGGCACGAAUACGACCUCAGAGCAGAUUCGCAAGAGCCUCAGUGAACAAGUACAUCAGCACCCGGUGCAGCAAUACCUCACGAGGCGCGCUUGGCUCCAGACUGCCAGAAACAUCACAAACGCUUCCCAGCAAGCCUCCAGCAAGCUCAAGAUCCGUCACCACUUGACAUAUGCCGGUGAAAGCAAAGCUGAGACAACGUCCUGCCAAUCGUGCGCGCAUAAGGCGGCACUACGCAUCGCGUCUGCGCGUCAAGAAGUACGCGAGUAUCCGGCCGCGACAAAGGAACAGCAGUAG